AUGGCCUCAGUCAACCCCAGCACGGAGCGGGCAGGCUGUUGCCUUGCAGAUCACCCCGGAGACGUCUCCCUCGAGCCUGUUUAUUUGCACAGCACCAAACUGCCGGCGGGGCUAAGCCCAGCCCAGCCUCCCCCCCCGGAGGGGGCGAGUAACAUCCCAGCCCCGCUGGAGAGGGCCACAGCGAGACCGCGCCGGGAACCGGCUGGGCUCACGCAGACACCAAUCGGCCACCUGAACCGGCCCCUCCAUCCCGCCCACCGUCAGCUCGCUCCGGCCCGCCACGCAGAGCGGGGGCGAAGGACUCGCCCGCCCGCACCCAGGCCGGACUCACCCCCGAGUCGCUGCGGCCAGGCUCGCUGUCGCCAGAAGAGCGGAGCGGAGGUGGCAGGGUCCGGCCCCCUGGCGCACACGGGGCGGCGGCGGCAGCAACACCCCUUCUCGCCUGCCUUGUUUGUGUGUCGGGGCAGGCGUCACGUCACCCUGUCUCCCCUAGGCCGAGAACCCGCAGCCGCCCGGAGACUGAGAGCCGGGGCCUCCCCAGCAGUAGCAGCCGCCCCGGGGGGGGAGGGAGGGGGCUUGGCCAGUGUAACAGCAGAAUCUGCCCUGCCUCAGAACGUGCCCCGUUCCCUUCUGCACAUGCUCGCCCGCCGAACGGGGCCCCAGCGGGCAUGCGCACAGCGUCCGCACAUGCCCACUGGCGACGUGAAGCUGCUGCCCUCACCCUUUGCCUCUCUAGGGCUCCUGUCUCUGGCCGAGGUAACGCCCGCAGCGAGGCGGGGAGGAGCAGGCAGGAGGGAUGGAGCAGCGAGCACCCAGCAGCUCACAGGAGCCCGGCCGGAUGGAACUGCAGAAUUUUUGCUGAGACAAAUUACAACUGAUACCACCUACUGAGCUGAGCCAAUGAAGCAGUAGCAAUAUACAGUACAUUCCUUGGUGGGAGAUGUGGGUUCAUGUUUAUAUCAUAACUGAAGUAAGGAGGAAACAGGAUCGGACUUUAACAACAGCAGCAACUCCAGCCCAUCUCAAUUGCUUCUUCUCGUUUCCCCAAAAAGAUAGUUAUUACCAUCUAAGAUGGUCAAACACAGGGGAUUUUUCCUUCUAAAGACUGUCUCCAGCUAAGUGGAAAAGGAACAGGGGAUGUUGUUAAAAUUAAAGCCUUACUUAAUACUUUA